AUGGAGAAUCAAACACCAGUGACGGAGUUCGUCCUCUUGGGUGUUACUGAUGAUGAUCAACUCCAGUAUGUGCUCUUUGCCACCCUGUUAGUCACCUACAUCUUGACUUUAACAGGUAGCAUCCUCGUCAUCACCAUCACCCUGAUAAACCAUCAUCUUCAGACUCCCAGGUACUUCUUCCUCAGGAACAUCUCCAUCUUAGAGAUUGGCUUUACCAGCACUAUCAUCCCCAAAGCAUUGACCAACCUGGCUUUCGGCAAGAAAGCAAUUUCUUUAAGGGGUUGUCUCACUCAAACCUUUGUCUGCUCCUUGCUGGGUACCACUGAGCCUCUCCUGUCUGCUGUAAAGUCCUUUGACAAGUAUGUGGCCAUCUGCAAACCUCUACACUAUGUGGCCAUUAUGAAUUCACAAGUCUGCAGGCUGCUGGUGAUUACUGCCUGGAUUGGUGGGGCUGUCUUCAUUCUUUCUCCAUCAGUGGUAUAUUUCCAGAUUCCAUUCUCUGGUUCAAACAUCAUUAAUAAUUUUUUCUGUGAUAGCACAGCAAUGAUUCAGCUCAAAUGCGGAAAUACCAAGGUCCUGGGCAUCAUUUUCAUCUCAGCAGUGUUCACCCUACUGAGUAGCCUGGCUAUUACAGUUGAGUCCUACAUCAACAUCAUUACUGCUGUGCUCAAAAUCCACUCUGUGGCUGGCAGACUGAAAGCCUUUUCCACCUGUGCCUCUCACCUCACUGUGCUAUCUAACACGUAUGUCAGCUGCAUCUUCAUGUACCUCACACAUCAGACCAACAGACUGGACCUCAGCAAGGUGGUGUCCAUCUUGAACAGUGUGGUGUCUCCUCUGCUCAAUCCAUUCAUCUAUAGCUUGAGGAACACACAGUUUCAGGAGGCCUUAAGCGAGAACAUCAAAAGGAGUACAGUAAUUUCUAAAUGCCCAGAAAUUUGA